AUGAACGAACUGAAUACUGCACAUAUAAGGCCUAAGCCUUGGGAAAUGCACCCCCCUUUAGAUGAAAUAGAGCAAACCAAUAAAAGAGUCGACCCAUCAGCAAUCAAUGAUGGUGGUUCAACUUCAAUUGAAAAUAUAAUAAAUAAUAAUCAAAAUACCGAAUCAAGAUUAGAUAUAAAUGGAAAUCCAAUCCACGAAGUAGACUCUCCUCCUUCAUUACCUGCAAAUAGGCCUGAAUUUUCUUCUCCUAAUAAUAUACUCGAUCAGGGUAUUAAUUCAAAUCGUUUUGUAAACGAAUCAUCAUAUAUGCCUGGAACAAAUUUAUAUGGUGGUAAUUCAUAUUUAAAUAAUGGGAUGUACGGUGGCAAUAGUUAUAACUCUAUGUAUGGUGGUAAUUUUACAAAUACAUACGGUAAUCCAUAUGGAUCAUUAUUUAACAAUGGAUUUAUGAAUCGAAACUCUGAGUUUGAAAGAUUUGGUGACUCGACACAGUCUACAUUUCAAUUAAUCGAAAGUCUAAUUGGUGCAGUGGCAGGGUUUGCUCAAAUGUUAGAAUCUACAUAUAUGGCUACACAUAACUCUUUUUUCACAAUGAUAUCAGUGGCAGAGCAGUUUUCAUAUAUCAAAGAAUUAUUAGGAUCAUUUUUUGGUAUAUUCACUAUAAUGAAACUUUUAAAGAAAUUACUAUAUCUUAUUACAGGUGGCAGAUUAGGCUUAUCACCUAAUUCUAAGAAUAAUACUGUUCAAAGUUUAAUGGAUGACUUUUCUAAAUUUAACUCUGAUGAAGCAAGUUACUCAAAUAGUGAUGCCAUAAAGCAUCGAAGGCUAUCAUUGAAACCAUUAAUUUUUUUCUUAUCUGCAGUCUUUGGAUUUCCAUACAUUUUAAAUAAGUUUAUCAAAAAAUUAGAGUCAUCGCAAAGAAGAAAUCUUGCAUAUUCAAACUCAACUUCUCAAAGCAGAGGUGAUAUUCAUUCUUUAGAUCCCUCAAGACUUGAAUUCGGUAGAGCAUUAUAUGAUUUUAUCCCCGAAAAUCCUAGAAUAGAAGCAACCAUGAAGAAAGGUGAGCUACUUGCAAUUCUUGAUAGGAGGGAUGUAUUUGGAAACGAAUCUGAAUGGUGGAAAGUCAGGACAAAGAAUGGUAGCACAGGAUAUGUACCAUACAAUUACAUUGAAAUUAUCCGUAGAAUAGAAACAGAUGAGGAGAACAUUCCAGGCCUUUCUACUGAAGAUAUAAAUGCAUAA